GCAUUACGCAGGCGCGGUGGCGGCCGGGGCCCAGGCCGUGGCAGGUUCGGGACGCGCGUGAGGGAUCGGGACGGCGGCGGUGCUGGACGCGGCGGGUGAGAUCCCGGCGCUCCCGGGGGAGGCGGGUGGUGUUCCGGGGCAGCGGCAAGCAGAGCCAGCCCCUCAGAGGGAGAGAGGGAAUCAGUGCUUGGCGGCUGUCGCUCCAGUGCCGGUGCCCGUGCCCCGCGGUGUACGGGCGGACAGACGCUCCUGCCCUGCGGCGAGGCGGAGGAGCUGCUCGGUCUGUCAGUGGGCUGCUCGCAGUACGCCGCCCCCGUGCCUCCCUAAGGCCCGGAGAGCUGCUGGGCGUCCGGGGCUGGGACAGAGCCGAGUUUGUGUAAGGGGAGGACCUGAGGGAAGAGGAGAGCCCGGGAAGGUCUGGUUGUGCUGGCUUUACUAUUUGAAACUCAAGCGUAAGUUACAUUUAUUUCAACUAGUUCCCAAGUAUUUCCUCAUCCCAGCCACUCGACCCUAGCAGUCGGUGCGGUCGCCUGAGGGCUAGUGACACAUUGACGGUGCGAGAGGGGAAGUCGAGUAUUGCUGGGGCGAAGGGACUCGUGGACUGUGUUCAAGUGUUUCUGAUACAGACUUAAAGGUGUAGCACCAUGGUUAUGAAAGCUUCAGUUGAAGAUGAUGAUUCCAGAUGGGAACUUGGUAUGCCUGACAAGAUGGAAAAGAGCAAUACAAGCUGGAUAGAUAUAACUCAAGAUUUUGAAGAAGCUUGUAGAGAACUGAAGUUAGGAGAACUACUUCAUGACAAGCUUUUUGGACUUUUUGAAGCCAUGUCUGCCAUUGAAAUGAUGGAUCCCAAGAUGGAUGCUGGUAUGAUUGGAAACCAAGUUAAUAGAAAGGUUCUUAACUUUGAGCAAGCUAUUAAGGAUGGCACAAUUAAAAUAAAGGAUCUGACUUCACCUGAGCUGGUAGGAAUAAUGGAUACCUGUUUCUGUUGUUUGAUAACAUGGUUAGAGGGACAUUCCUUGGCACAGACGGUAUUCACUUGCCUUUAUAUUCAUAAUCCAGACUUCAUAGAAGAUCCUGCAAUGAAGGCUUUUGCUCUAGGGAUUCUAAAAAUCUGUGAUAUUGCCAGAGAAAAGGUUAAUAAAGCAGCUGUUUUUGAGGAGGAAGAUUUUCAGUCAAUGACUUAUGGAUUUAAAAUGGCAAACACUGUGACAGAUCUUAGAGUUACAGGUAUGCUAAAGGAUGUAGAAGAUGAUAUGCAAAGACGAGUGAAGAGCACACGAAGUCGACAAGGAGAAGAGAGAGACCCAGAAGUUGAACUUGAACAUCAGCAGUACUUAGCUGUGUUCAGUAGAGUCAAGUUUACCCGGGUGCUACUGACUGUUCUAAUAGCAUUUACCAAGAAAGAGACCAGUGCAGUUGCAGAAGCCCAGAAACUAAUGACUCAGGCAGCUGAUUUGCUUUCUGCCAUCCACAAUUCGUUGCAUCAUGGUAUCCAGGCACAGAAUGAUACUACUAAGGGAGAUCAUCCUAUUAUGAUGGGUUUUGAGCCCCUUGUUAAUCAGAGAUUGCUGCCACCAACUUUCCCUCGCUAUGCAAAAAUAAUUAAAAGGGAGGAAAUGGUCAGCUAUUUUUCCAAACUAAUAGACCGAAUAAGAACUGUAUGUGAAGUAGUCAACUUAACUAAUUUGCACUGUAUACUGGAUUUUUUCUGUGAGUUUAGUGAACAAUCACCAUGUGUUCUUUCAAGAUCUCUGUUACAGACAACUUUUCUGGUAGAUAACAAGAAGGUGUUUGGAACUCACCUCAUGCAAGACAUGGUAAAAGAUGCUCUAAGGUCUUUUGUCAGUCCUCCAGUUCUUUCUCCAAAGUGCUGUCUUUAUAAUAAUCACCAGGCAAAGGACUACAUUGAUUCCUUUGUGACACACUGCGUUCGGCCAUUCUGUAGCCUGAUUCAAAUACAUGGACACAAUAGAGCUCGUCAGAGAGAUAAACUGGGUCACAUACUUGAGGAAUUUGCCACACUUCAGGAUGAGGCAGAGAAAGUAGAUGCAGCACUUCAUAGUAUGUUACUGAAGCAGGAACCACAAAGGCAACACCUGGCUUGCUUGGGCACUUGGGUCCUAUAUCAUAACCUUCGUAUUAUGAUACAGUAUCUUCUGAGUGGCUUUGAGUUGGAACUUUACAGUAUGCAUGAAUAUUACUACAUCUAUUGGUAUCUGUCAGAGUUCCUCUAUGCCUGGUUGAUGUCAACACUGAGCCGUGCUGACAGCUCUCAGAUGGCAGAGGAGAGAAUAAUGGAGGAACAACAGAAGGGCCGUAGUAGUAAGAAAACAAAGAAAAAGAAAAAAGUUCGCCCUCUCAGCAGAGAGAUCACCAUGAGUCAAGCAUACCAAAAUAUGUGUGCUGGGAUGUACAAGACAAUGAUCGCAUUUGACAUGGAUGGCAAAGUAAGAAAACCAAAGUUUGAACUGGAUAGUGAACAAGUUCGAUAUGAGCACAGGUUUGCUCCAUUCAACAGUGUCAUCACACCACCUCCAGUGCACUACUUGCAGUUUAAAGAAAUGUCCGAUUUAAAUAAGUACAGCCCACCUCCUCAGUCAUCAGAUCUCUACAUGGCAGCUAGCAAACACUUCCAGCAAGCUAAAAUGAUUCUUGAGAAUAUCCCUAAUCCAGACUAUGAGGUCAGUCGAAUUCUGAAGGUUGCAAAACCCAAUAUUGUGGUCAUGAAGUUGCUUGCAGGAGGCCACAAAAAAGAUUCUAAGGUUCCUCCAGAAUUUGACUUCUCCCCUCAUAAGUAUUUUCCAGUUGUGAAGCUUGUUUGAAAGAUGAGAGAUUGUUGUUAGGAUACCUGAAGCAUAAUCUGUGCAUCAGACACCAGCUGUAGGAUGGAAUAUCUAGUGCUAUAUCCAGACUGAAAGAAAUUUCCAGGAUAAAAGUACUGUUAUAUGGAAUAUCUGUAGUCUGCCUUGUUUUGAAUGACAACUGCUGUUUUAAAGUGGUCUGUGUAAACUUGAUUAAGAUGAUUUUAAUCAAUGGUAUUGUUAAGAAAUGUUGUAUCUUAAUUGAUCUCAUUGCAGGAUUAAUUUUGUUUUUAUGAAUAAGCUGUGACAGAAAAUGGUCAUUUAGAGAUUUAUUAACAUUCAGGACUGAAUGAAAAUACUACAGUAGAGCAUCAUGUCCAAUACUUAGCUGAUGUGCUGAAAUUCCAUUUGCAACAAAGCCACUUGGAGAAAUUGUGGCUUCCAUAUUUUGCCUAAAUUGCAUCAAUUUUUCUCACAUUGGAAGUAGAAAGACUGGGUUCUUCUCUUGCCAAGUCUGGAGAGCUAGAACAAUCUUCACAGAAAUUAGGAGCAGAUGAAAACUUAGUAAUUUAACUCCCACUGCACUGAAUUCAGUAACUUACCUUCUAAAUUACAGCCAAAGCCAGUUUUCUAGGAGGUGCUUUGUCUGAAAUGUCAAGCUCUUUUAAAUCAGUGAGAAAUGGCUCAAGUUUUUUCUGGUUCCAGUUUGUUAACCUUUAUUCUUUGCGGUACUGGAUGAAUCUGUGUAGCAGUUAGCAACAUAGGAACACAAGACACCCAAGCGUGUAUUUUAACUACUCUGCAACUUUAUUUCAAUCCUUUUAUUCCUUUGCCAUUGUGAAAGAGGGGUUGCAGUUUGUUCAAUUGCUCAAGUCAGCAUGACUUUCAUUCUCUAAUUCUGGCUGCAGUGCUGCUGCAGGAUCCUACCACCCUCUGUAAUGGUAAAUAAAGGCAGAAAUCUGACACAGGAGGAACCCCAAGCCUACCUGGUUCCUGCCUAAAAUGGUUCUUCCUCCCGUGCUUUUUUUUGUAAAACAGAGGUAAGGGGUUGUAUUGAGCAGUCUCCUACUACAAGAGGAGAAAAAAAUAAUAAAGUCAAGUCUAACCUGGCCAUAAAAGCAAGCUCUCCAGAUUUGACUGUAUUGAAAAGGACAAUCAGUCCUUUUACUGCAAAAUGUCUUCCUCAAUAAUACUGAGCUUGUAACUGCCUUUUGACCAUUCAAAACUUCUGGUUUUCUCCUAGCAUACAGUUAUACUGCUGAGUAGUAGCACUUUAACUGCAUCACCUAAGCAGCAAUAUUGUUAGGCUACAGCUGUAAAACAAACUCAAGUGUAGCAGUGACUUACUUGUCUGCCAGCACUUUGCAUCCUGAAAUAAGCAGGAGUACCACCCUGUAGACAUGCUUUUCCUGAUUUCUCUACUAAGGAGGCUGCAUAUUAUUUUACAUGCUUGCUCAUCAUCACAAUUAAUACAUUUGAAUGCAUGUCCACAGUUGCCAAACUAAUGAAAAUCCUGGAAAUGUGAAGAUGGCAAACUGCUCCUAGUACAGGGUGCUGAUAAUUCAUCUGGCUUUUGCUGCCUUUUUAUACACAAUUACAAAAUGUUUCAUACAAAUCUUAAACUGCACCAGGUCAAAGACAGACUUCACUCUUUCUCUAAAGGAAGCAGCAAUUAAAAGAGAAAAUAAGUUCAUUUAUAGAACUAAGAAAAUAGGAAUGAUUGUCUUCCCCGUUUUCAGUAAUCUUAAAAGUGGGUGAACUGUACAGAAUAAGGUGAAUACAGAGUAGAUUAUUUUAAAUGCUUUUAUUUUAAAAUGCUUAUCUGAAAUGGAUCAGACUUAGUUUUAAAAAAAAAUUAAAAAUACAUGAAGGACAAAUGUUAAUUUAAUCUCUAGGUGAUUAUUGCAAAGAAGUUUGCCCUGCCUCAUGCAAUGAAAAGUUAUAGCAAUAGACAACAUUCUUUUAGCCACAGUACCAGGUAAAUCUUGUUUUGUUCAAAUAAAAGUCUUAAAUUCUUUACUGGA